AUGGCUAACGAAGUCCUCAAACAGCCGGCUACCGGCAUAGAGCCAAAGGCCGAAGCAGACAUCGAGCGCGUCGCCACCUCCUCGUCCGAACAGAAUGGCUCGUCUAUGCAGAUCGACCCUGACAAUGUUGGAUAUCAUCGCUCCCUCACGAGACGGAAGGUCAUGAUGAUGACCUUUGGUGCUGGAAUUGGGACGGGCCUGUGGGUUGGGACGGGGCAGGCGCUGCAUUAUGCUGGUCCUGCCGGUCUCGCUGUCACGUAUACGCUUACUGCGAUGAUCGUCUACGCCCAGUACAGCUCCAUCGGCGAGAUGACAACGUACCUCCCCCUCCACGGCGGGUUCAUAAGACAAUGCGCCGAGUUCGUAGACCCAGCAUUUGGCUUCGCAAUCGGUAUCAACUUUUGGUUCGCUUGGGUAAUGAUCAUCCCCGCCGAAAUUACCGCCGCCGUAUCCGUGCUGCAAUUCUGGCCGUCAACAAACGCCAUACCCCUCGCAGCAUACAUAACAAUCUUCCUCGUCGCCAUGGGCCUCGCCAACGUCUUCCACGUCAAGAUAUACGGGUACAUCGAGUACUACAUGAGCUUCAUCAAAUGCGCCGCCGUGGUCCUGAUGAUAUUCUUCCUGUUCAUCAUGACGUCCGGCGGAAUCCCAGCAACACACGGUCCCAUUAUCUUCACCUACUGGAAGAACCCUGGCGCAUUCAACAACGGGAUCAAGGGGAUCGCGAAGAGCUUCGUCCAGGCCGCGUUCUCGUUCGGAGGGGGCGAGCAUAUCGCCGUCAUUGCAGGCGAGGUUGCGUCGCCGCGGUCCACGAUCCGCAAGACAGUCCGGCCUGUCUUCUGGCGGAUGUUCACGUUCUUUGUGCUCAAUAUCUGGCUUGUUGGGAUGUGCGUUCCCUACGACGACCCCGAUCUCGUUAAUGGGUCUGGGACGUUGGGCAGUCCGUUUGUCAUUGCGCUCAAACGCGCGGAUGUAUGGGGGCUCGCGCAUGCGAUCAACGGGUUCAUCUUCCUGUCUGUAAUUAGUUGCGGGAUCACGAGUGUCUAUGUGGCGAGUCGAAGCCUGACUGCCCUGUCCGAUCUGGGGAUCAUCCACGGGGCGUUCGGGCGGAAGGACGCUGCCGGACGGCCGUGGGUUGCGAUUGCCAACAGUCUGGCGAUUGGAGGCGGCCUGUGCUAUCUCAACGUUGACGGGACGGGGGUUAUCGUGUAUGGGUGGUUUUCGAGCUUGGUAUGCACUUCUCCCCCCUCUCCUCAGAAAGGGCCGGGUUCUAACGUGAGAAUGAAUGCAGGUCGCAAUCGCAACGCUCUUCCAAUGGGCAUCCAUCUACAUCGCGCACCUGCGGUUCCGGAACGGCCUUCGUGCCCAAGGGAAGAGCCUUGCCGAUCUCCCCUUCAAGGGCCUGUUGACCCCGUACGCGCAGUACUUCAGUCUGCUGAUCGUGCUGUUUAUUUUCGGUGGUGGUUCAAGACGAAGAUUGUCAAGCCCAGCGAGAUGGACUUUUCGGCCGCAGUCGUGUUUGACGAGAUGGAGAGGAUCGAUGAGAUGGCAGCUAUGGAAGAGAAGGAGAGGGAUGGCAAGAAGUCGUGGGUGAAGAGGGCGCAGUAUUUGAUCUUUGGAUAG